CCUGUGUCCGCCGCGUUCUGCGAUAUCAUGAUCUACGUGCCACACUGCGCGGCCAACACACGGCAGACCCAAUUUGGGCCUGGCUUCUGUGUACCCACAAAACACCGCACUUGCUAUAAAAACCACACGGCCAGAGAACCUCACCCCCAUCGCCUCUUUUGCUCUUACUCUACCUCGACCCACCAGAAGCCGGGUCUCCUUCCCUCUCUCUCCUUGCCUCAAGCCACUCAGUCAUCCCUCUCGGUCUCGUGGCAUCGAAGGUUCGCAAAACCAGGGACCGCUAUCGGUGGCCGGCCUGUUAUGUCACAGUGGACCGCGUAGAGUGUUUGUGAAUCGCAUAGUAGUAGACUGCCCACCGAUGUGUAUCGCUCAGACGACGACAAGCCCAGUCCGCGACUUUACCACGUUCGAGAUUACUGGUAUAUGUUCGAUCAGAGGCACGACGAUUCGAUGCAUGCCAGUCCGCCUAAGAGUCUAUGGAAAUUCGCAGUAUAAAACAUCCAAAUCCAGGUGAAAUCGCACUCAAGGACCAUGCCACAGCGGCACACCUGUUUAUUCGCUAUGUUCGGACUCGCCGAGGCACUCAGCCAGGCAGCGAGAUGGCCGUAGCAGAAUAUCUGCCAAAUCGUCUGCACGUGCGCUCGGUCGCGAGCACUGUAUAUAGAUGCGACAGAACACACCGUCGA